CUGAAUGCAAAAGUGCUUAACAUAAGUAUAGUUACACUGUUGCACUUGUUCCACUGCUCCAUUCGUGUGCACAUGUGUGUGUGAAUGUACUUAGUAUCCACUAUCUACUACAGAGCUUACGCUUAGAGCUUUUAUUACUAUCGAUGCGUUCGGCUUAAGCUCAGUCGCAGUGCUCAGUUGCGCUGGUGACUUUGCUUCGUGAAGAUGUUUGCGCGUCGUCGCGGCCGCACGCCGGCGUGCGUGUUGUCUAUCGCGCUGAUUGCGUUUGGUGCUUGUGCGUUGGGGGCAAGCGCGCAAAAAGCCGAAAACAAAACUUAUCUGACACCCCCGUACUUUAAUCUCGCCGAAGGGCGCAAAGUGUAUGCGUCGGCCACGUGCGGCGAGGAUACCGAAGGCCCCGAGCUUUACUGUAAACUUGUUGGUCCCACAAACUCCGAGAACGAUGUGAAUGUUAAUGUUAUUCAUGGACAGCACUGCGAUUAUUGCGAUCCCACUCGUCCGGAUAAACAACAUCCGCCUGAAUUCGCCGUCAACGGACGUGAAACAUGGUGGCAAUCACCGCCCCUUUCCAGGGGGAUGAAAUACAACGAAGUCAACUUGACCAUCGAUUUGGGACAGGAAUUUCACGUGGCUUAUGUCUACGUACGAAUGGGCAACUCCCCGCGACCUGGCCUUUGGGUUCUAGAAAAAUCCGCCGAUUAUGGAAAGUCUUUCGUACCAUGGCAAUAUUUUGCCGAGACAACAUCAGACUGUUCUGCCUUCUUUGGAGAAGAAUCUUUGUUACCUAUUACCAAAGAUGACAGCAUCAUCUGUACGACAGACUUUUCUCGUAUUGUACCACUUGAAGGCGGCGAAAUUCCAAUUUCUCUGCUUAACAAUCGCCCUUCCGCUAACAACUACUUCAACUCCAGUGUGUUACAAGAAUGGACGCGUGCCACCAAUGUACGUCUGCGCUUAUUACGAACCAAAAAUCUCCUGGGACACUUGAUGUCUGUCACAAAACAAGAUCCAACUGUAACAAGAAGAUACUUCUAUUCAAUUAAAGAUAUUAGUAUUGGAGGGCGUUGUAUGUGUAACGGCCAUGCAGAUUCAUGCGACAAUAGAGAUUCAACCGACCCCGCCAUCUUGGUCUGUUUGUGCAGACACAAUACAUGUGGACCAAAGUGCGAUCGUUGUUGUCCUGGCUUCGAACAGAAAGCGUGGAGAUUGCGAAAAGAAUCGGACCCAUUCGAAUGUGAACCUUGCAAUUGUUUCAACCACAGUAACGAAUGCAUCUACGAUGAAGAAGUAGACAAGAAGGGAGAAUCAAUUGAUAUACAUGGAAAUUAUGCCGGUGGCGGUGUUUGUCAAAACUGUCGACACAAUACAGAAGGCACAAAUUGCAAUCGAUGCAUGUCAAAGUUCUACAGACCACGUGGCAAAAGCUGGGACGAAAUCGAUGUUUGCCAACCAUGCGAUUGUGAAAAUUCGCAUUCAACCGGAAAUUGCGCUGAAGAGACCGGACAGUGUGAGUGUCGCAAAGAGUACCAAGAGCCCAAUUGUGACAGGUGCAGUUUCGGAUAUUACGGUUACCCAAAAUGUGUCGCUUGCGAUUGUUUCAUUAAUGGAACAAUAACGCAGCAAUGCGAAGCAACCGAUGGUAUUUGCGAGUGUAUGGAUAAUUUCGGUGGUCCACAUUGUCGGGAAUGCGCUGAACAAUAUUUCGGAUUUCCAAACUGUGAACCCUGUGAGUGCAAUCCAUUGGGGGCUAUUUCUGGCGCUUGCGACAAGUCUUCCGGAAACUGCACCUGCAAAUCCAACUACGGUGGAAAACGAUGCGAACAAUGUCGUGAUGCCUACUUUAAUUACCCAUCUUGCACGUUGUGUAACUGUGACACGGAGGGCACUGUAGGAGAAGUCUGCGAUAAAACCAAUGGUAAAUGCAUUUGUAAGCUAGGAUAUACUGGAGAAAGAUGUGACCAGUGCGACACCAACUAUUAUGGAUACCCAGAUUGCAAACCGUGUAACUGUAGUACUAUUGGAUCUUCUGCUACUACUUGUGGUGCAACCGGAAAGUGUACAUGUCUCAGAGGUUUCGCUGGAAGAACGUGUGAACAAUGCAGUCCUGGAUAUUAUGCGUAUCCGGAAUGUUUACCUUGUGAUUGUGAUAGCCACGGUGCAAAUGGUCUUUCUUGUAAUAACGACGGUAUCUGCCAAUGUCAUCAUAACUAUGAAGGCGCUAAGUGUGACCGUUGCCGAGAAUCUUUCUACAACUUCCCGGCGUGUGAGGAAUGUAACUGUAACCCUGCCGGUGUCAUUUCCGCUUUCUUGGGAUGCGGAUCUGUACCCAAAGGUGAACUAUGUCAAUGUAAAGACCGCGUAGAAGGCCGUAUAUGUGACAAGUGUAAACCUCUAUACUGGAAUCUUAAUGCCCACAAUUCUGGAGGCUGUGAAGAGUGUCACUGUAACAUUCCUGGUGUUGUUGGUGGGAUUGCAGUUUGUAAUUCGGAAUCAGGCGACUGCACAUGUAAACCUAAUGUGGUGGCACGUAGAUGUACAGAGUGCGAUGACGGUACAUACAACCUGCAAGAAGAUAACUUAUUUGGUUGUACCGACUGCGGUUGUGACGUCGGAGGUUCCAUCAGCAAGAUCUGCCACAAAAUUUCAGGACAAUGUCAAUGCCAGCCGCGAAUCACAGGACAAACGUGCAAAGAACCUGUGGGGAUGCAUUAUUUCCCUACUUUAUACCAACAUCAAUACGAAGCUGAAGAUGGCCGUACUGCAGAUUCAGUUGUUAGGUAUGCCUUCAGCGAGGCAGAUUUCCCGGACUACUCCUGGAAGGGUUAUGCUAAAUUUAGCCAUCUGCAAAGAACUAUCCUGCAUGAUAUCAAGAUCCACAAGCCUUCCUUGUACCGUGUAGUGUUGAGGUAUGUCAACAAAGGGAAGGCACCUAUCCAGGGUGUCGUCAAGGUGACUCCCGAGAACUCCAAUGACGAGCAACAAUAUCCAGUGACAUUCCUCAAUACAUCAAAACCGUCUUUUGUUACAAUCAACGCUGGUAAUGCACCGGUUGCUUUCGUAAUGAAUCCCGGCAAGUGGACCAUGUCUAUUCAAGCGGACAAAGGUCUGUUUUUGGAUUAUUUCGUAAUCUUACCAGAAGAAUUCUACAUGGCGACCAUACUCAACCAAAAAGUGUUGGAACCCUGUGUGAUUGCUCCGGAGAAUGACAUGGACGUUGACUCAGUACCACAAACAUUAUGUCGCCAGUUUAAAUAUCCCGAGGCAAAACAAUACCCUACCAGCAGAGGUUCUGGGGCGUAUAUUGAUCUUGGAGACAAUGCAUUUGCAAACCCUUCGAAAUUCUAUGAUGAUGAGUAUCACCUUAGGAAAUUGAACCUAACAAACGUCCGGAUCCCGAUUGUAAGUUCUGAACAACCAGAAAUUGAUUACAAUAUAACACUGAAGAAACCCGGAAAGUAUGUGUUGUUGAUUAACUACAUAACUCCAUUGGAGAACACUGUCACCCACUAUUUGAACGUGACUACCCCGACAUUAGAUACUAAUGUGAUUGAAUCUUCUGCUGAUGGCCAUGACCAAAUUGUUCUGUACAAAUGCGGUUACACCACAAUGUGUCGCCAAGUUGUUGUUGACCAAGACGGCAUUAUCAAAGUAUACAACACCGACGAAAACGGCCUCCAUGUAAAGUUUGCAUUGGGUGGACCCAAUGCGAUUACAAAUGGCUCGGUAGCAAUCCAUAGUGUCCAUGCGAUACCCUAUAAUGAAUGGUCUGUAGACUACAUUCAACCGAAGCCUGUUUGUAUUCAAAAGAAUGGUGAUUGCGUAAAAUCAACUUAUCACAAUCCCGAAGAGUCAAAGAAAAUCCGAUUUGAUAAGAACUACGUUGAUAAGAACGAUACACAGUCCGGAAGAUCUGGUCCCGUAAUUAAAACAGUCCAUGGGGUCAAUUAUGUUUACCUUAAUCAGACAAACAACGUCAUUGAUAUUAGGUCCAAGGUAGCCAACCCAGGAUUCUACACGUUCGUCAUCCAUUUCUACCAACCAGAUUCUCCAGAGUACGACCUUGAUAUUCUCAUCCAGAACGGGUUUAUGUACGAUGCGAAACUUAGCGCUUAUCACUGCCCCAAGAUCUACGGAUGUCGCGCAGUGGUAACACAAAAAGAUGGCACCAACAAAUUCUCGCUGACAGAAAACUUCAUGUUGACUGUUUCAUCGCCUAGUGGAAAACCCGUCCAUCUUGAUUACAUCCUUGUGGUGCCUGCUGACCUGUACACACCUCGAAUUACCGAGGAGGAUGAUUUCAGUAGAACGGACGAAUUCAUUAACACCUGUGGAAAGGACCAUUUCUAUAUUGACACGAAAGAGAAAGGUUUCUGUCGCGAUUCGGUGUUUUCUAUCACAGCCGGUUACAAUGCGGGCACCCUCAGAUGUAUGUGUGAUUACGAUGGGUCACUGAGCUUCGAAUGUGAGAAAUUCGGCGGGCAAUGUCAAUGCAAAGAAAACGUCAUUGGACGCGACUGCUCAAUCUGCAAACCAGGCUAUUAUGAAUUCCCCGAUUGCAAACCCUGUAAUUGUCCCAUGAGUUCCAGCAAUUGCGAACCAACAACAGGUGAGUGCAUCUGCCCACCGAGGGUUCACGGUGCACUAUGCGACCAGUGCGUGCCACUAACUUACGGAUUUGAUGAAUUCAGCGGAUGUGAGGAUUGUAAGUGUAACCCAUUGGGUGUUGACGGUAGCUUGCAGUGUGACUUGUUUACCGGUGAGUGUCCGUGCAAACCAAACAUCGUCGGAAGGAAAUGUGACACAUGUCUGGCAGGAUUCUUCAGUUUUCCAUACUGCCAUCGGUGUGAGUGUAACAUUCAGGGCACUGAAAAAGAUAUUUGUCACCAGGACUCUGCGGAGUGUUUCUGUAAGAAAUUGGUAACUGGUCCAGCUUGUGAUAUUUGUGUUGAAGGCACCUACAAUUUGCAAGCACACAAUGAAGAUGGAUGUACAGAGUGCUUCUGUUUCGGAAAGACCAAUCGCUGUUACGUUUCCUCUUUCCUACACCGAACAAUUCGAUACAGCAUGGAGAAUUGGGAAGUGGCCGCAAUCGAAGAAAACUUUGAAUCACUUAAUGUGACCACGGUUAAUGUAACGCUGGAACACCCUAACCAUCAAGGGAUCUCUUUUGAACUAGGAAAACAGGAAAAGAACCAAAUUCUUUACUUCAAAGCUCCAGAGGAUUAUCUUGGUAACAGUCUGACUGCCUAUGGAGGAUGGCUAAACUAUACUGUUUGGUAUACGAUCGGUGAUGGUGGUAAAGCAUUGUUGAGACCCGAUGUAAUCCUAGUAGGGGCAAAUAACUACUUGAAGUAUGACGGAUUUGAACAGCCACCAGCUGAUGAAGAGUUCAAUACUGGCGUGCAGAUUGUUGAAACCAAUUUUGUGCUACCGUCGGGUGCCCCCAGCAAACGCGAACACUUGAUGGUUGUACUUAAAGACCUAAAAGGCAUUUACAUCCGUGCUAAUUAUUGGUCUGUUACGGAAAUUGCAAGGUUAUCCAGUGUAACCUUUGAUGAUGCAGAAAAGGGUAAAACUAGAGACCAUCAGGAAAUCGCAAAUACCGUCGAAUACUGCGAUUGCCCACCGAACUACACAGGGUUAUCAUGCGAAGAGUGCGCGCCUGGUUUUUACAGACUCAGCACUGGCCCACAUGGUGGUUUCUGUGUUCCAUGCUUAUGCAAUGGUCACGCGUCAGAAUGUGACCUCCACACUGGAGUCUGUCUCAAUUGCCAACACAACACCAUCGGAGAUCAUUGCGAUCAGUGCGCCGUUGGAUAUCAUGGGAAUGCAAAACAGGGCACUCCAAUGGACUGUCUCAUCUGCGCUUGUCCCCUGCCACUACUCGGCAACAACUUCGCUUCCAGCUGUGAUGUUUCCUCUGAUGGCGAAAAGAUCCACUGUAAUUGCGAUGAGGGUUACCGGGGUGCUAGAUGCGAAGGUUGUUCAUCUGGAUAUUAUGGACGUCCGGAGGUGCAGGGCGACUACUGCAAACCCUGCCAGUGCUCGGGUAACAUUGACACUAAUGAUAUACGUUCUUGUGAUACGGUUACUGGCGAAUGCUUGCAAUGCUUGAACAACACCUUUGGGCCUGCAUGCGCCCUGUGUGCGCCUAGUUUUUACGGCGACGCGGUGAAUGCGAAGAACUGCCAGCAGUGCGUAUGCGACUCGCUGGGCACGGCCGAAUGUAACAGCUUUACAGGGGAAUGUGUAUGCAAAAAGAAUGUCGUCGGCGACAAAUGCGAUCGCUGCGAGGAAAAUCACUACGGGUAUGCUUCCGGUCAAGGGUGUCAGGCGUGCGAGUGCGAUGUAUCUGCCAUUGGACAACAGUGUGAUGACAUCACCGGUCAAUGUAGGUGCAAACCAGGUGUUACGGAGAGGACGUGCAGCAAGUGUCAAGCUGGGUAUUGGAAUUUGACUUCCGAGGGUUGCAUUUCAUGUGGAUGUCGAGAUGAGUUCUCAAUCGGAGUAAGUUGCAACGCUCAAACAGGACAAUGCGAGUGCCUUCCGGGAGUGACCGGAGACAAAUGCGAUCAAUGCCCACACAGGUGGGCUUUCGUCAAAGAGUAUGGAUGUCACGGUUGCGAUAGUUGCACAGAUGACCUGUUGGACUUCACUGAUUAUCUUUCCGGUCUUAUUGACCCUAUACAAGAAGAGUUCCAAACCGCAGGUACAGGUUUCUUCCAAGCCAGACGUCUAGCUCACAUCAACGACACCAUCACCCGUCUAACACCUAAAGUAGAAGCAAUCACCCCAGAUAAAGUCAACUUCAAGCCCAUUCUGUCCGAAUUAGAUACAAUGGAAAACGAGGCGAAUAAUAUGAACCUACUCGCGAAUUUCUCACUGGGCAACAGUAAGAAUCUAGUAAAGAGUGCGGAUGACCAGUAUACCACCAGCAUGAAAAUGUGGGAAGAGGUGGAGAUAGCCGCAGACAACGUAGACAACACUGUGGAUGACAUCACCAGCAUGUCCGAUGAUCUUCUCGAGCAAUUUUCACCAAGAAUAGAAGACGCCACAAAGAGAGCCGAGAGUAUACUGGAUGAAAUCAAACUAUACAACCUCACAGAAAGGGAACAAGCCGCAUACAAUGCCUUGGAACAAGCUGAUAAUCUAAUGGCUGACUUGGCCCAAUUCCAAAUCCCUAUUGAUAUGUUCAGCAACCAGAUUGGGCAGGUGCGCACGACCAUACGGAACUUCAAUGAUAAACUCGACGACCUCACCAAUCAAACGCAGUUCUCACUGGGCAAGAGUCAAGAAGCGAAGAUCUUAUAUGAUAACAAUGGAAAAGAUCGUCUGGAGCAAAAAUUAAUGAACAUCAAUACUCAAACGCAAAUGACUCAGAAAAAUAUUAACGAAUCUCAGGCUUUGAACAAAAACUCUACCAAACUGCUGAAUGAAGCACGCGACAAUUUUGACGAAAUGAGCGAUCAAUUCGAAGACCUUAAAAUCCUUGAGGGCAGUUUUGGCGAGAAUCUGGAUGAAUCAGAAAAAAAACUAGAUAAGUUAGACGAGCGUAUCCCAGAUAUAGAAAAACACGCGGAUGAUUUGUAUGGACAGGCCUAUGAACUCGGAAAAAUCUUGAAUGAAACACUAGUAGACUCAGAAGCGGCUGUGAGCGCAGCUACUGCAUACUCCAACAUUGAGGAAGCCGUAGAGAAAGCAAAAAAAGCAGUCGAGGGUGCCAACCGAAAGGCGGAUGAAGUCAAUGAUCACCUUGCAGAAUUGGAAGUGAUUACCAACAAAGGUGAUCUUGCUUCUAAAGACCUCCUUGCAGCCGCCGAUCAACAAAUGAACGACAUCAGGCAACUCGAGCCUGAUGUCAAAAACGCCACAAAUAAGUUCCAUCCUGUUCAAGACCAACACACACGAAAUAAGGAAACUUUGGAGAAUUUAGACAAAGCCCUGAAAAACUACGUCAGUAAGAAUUUAGACUCUGUCCUCCUGGAAGCAAAGAAAAACGCCGAGAAUGCCGAAAGUAAUGCAAAGGAUACCCUCAAUGAAACCGAGAAAGGCUUCCUUAAAAUAGAGUACAACCUCUUAGACUCGAAAAAUAUGAGCCAAAAAGUAUUCGGAACAAAUCAAGCCAUUGUUCAGGUUAAGAAAGAGUUAGAUUCUGUAAAUGACAAAUUACCACAGAUUUUGAACACGAUCGAAAACCGACCGGAACAGAGACCGGAAUUGAAGAAAAAUCUAGAGUCCAAGAUUAACAAACUCAAUGAACAAAUUGCUCUGGCCCGUGAUUUAGCCAACAGGAUUGAUGGAGGUGUAGUCUUCAAACCCUCCACAACUCUUGAACUUCACAAUCCGGACAACCUUGACGAACUUAGCACAUCCACCCAAAUAUCAGGAUACUUUAAGACUGCCGAACCCAAUGGUGUUUUACUCUUCUUAGGAAACGGUAACGGGUCCAAUGUAGGAAGACACAAAAACGAUGACUACAUGGCGUUAGAAGUAGUAAGUGGUUACCCAACACUCACCUUGGACCUUGGUAAUGGACAGGAGCAGAUUAUCAACGAUAAAUACGUGGCCAACAAUGAAUGGUACCAGUUUAUAAUUGACAGAACUGGAUUGAAUGCCAAAUUAAGCAUUAAAGAAGAAAUGCGUGAUGGGUCCGAAAAUGUAACCACUGCCGAAAAACAACUGGACGGCCCAUCGAGCAUUUUCAACCUGGAUCGGAAUAAUUCAAAGCUGUUUAUUGGAAGCCACCCCACUGACUUUGAACCACCAUUCAAGGUCCGAAACAAUGUAUUUAACGGGAUGGUCGAAGAUGUUGUCAUUGGAGAUACUCCAAUUUCCUUGUGGAACUUCAACAGAGGUUACGAUAACAACGUAGGAGCACCUCAGAGGACCAAGUUACUAAAAACCCAUCAAAACGGAUACAGAUUCAAUGGGAACGGAUACACCAUUUUGAAUUCACGCGCGUUAUCCUUUAGUAGAGAAAGUGAUGUCCAAUUGGACUUCAAGACCUUUGCAACUGAAGGUCUUCUAUUCCUGUAUGGAAAUGACAGAACCUUCUUAUCACUAGAGUUGCGAAACGGGAAGAUAUUAUACAAAUACAACCUUGGAAGCGGUACCAAAGUCUGGCAUACCAAAUCCACGUUUAAUGAUGGUGAGUGGCAUCAUGUGAAUGCUCGAAGGGAUGGUCCCUCAGGAAGAUUCAUCGUUGAUAAUAUCGAAGUGGAAGACCAGUCAUCUUCGAUACAAGGUCAUCUCCUGGAACCGCAGGAGACUUUCUUCGUUGGUGGUUACCCACAGAUGCACAAAGUCAAAGAUGUUACCAACGUGGACUUUGAUGGUUGUAUAAAUAAUCUGAAAAUUGGUGGAAGACCCAUUGACCUUACAGAUAACGUCAAGUCCUACGGUGUUAUCCCCGGUUGCCCUGCUAAAUUCAGCGGAGUUGUGUCUUUCUAUUCCAAUAGACCCGGUUUUGUCAAGCAUGAUAACAUCACAUCAUCAAAUGACUUCAUUGUUAAUCUUAAAUUCAAAACCCAAGAGAAAUCUGGGCUUGUGUUCUACGCCACGAAUGAAGAACAAGAGUCUGGUAUCAGUCUCUCGUUGGAGAAUGGACGCUUAAAGUUAAUCAGUCAAAAAUUAGAACUUGUGUCCAAAAAUAACAAAUUUAAUGAUAACGAAUGGCACGUGGUGAGCGUGACACACAGUGAUAGAGUCCUGCGGUUGGACUAUGAUGACCUUGAUUUUGAAAUAGCUGAUGUCCCUCCUCCAUUAAUUCUGAUGUAUGGCGAGAUCUUCAUCGGUGGACUACCUAAACAUUACGUGGUCAAAAAAGGAAUGAUUGAUAAAUACCGGCCAUUCGCAGGGUGCAUUGCUGAUGCAACUGUUAACGGAAACCUGCUUAACUUUGCUAAUGCUACCCUUAAACGCGGCGAGGAGUUGGGUAAAUGUCUACUAGAUAAACUAGUGGGAAGUGAUUCGGACAUCCACAAUGUACCUACUCUUCCACCAUUGGAAGAACAAGACGUACACGCCACUGAAGCUCCUGAGGAGGAACACACCGAGGUCUUCAAUACGAAUGACACUCCGAAGAGAGGUGAUGGUGGCAAAGACGAUGGUGAGAUAGAAGAAGAUCCAGUGGAAGUCAAUAUGGAUCUCACUGAUAUAGAGACAACGACCUGGCCCACUCCAAGGCCACAUCCUUCGACGACAACAGCAGCAUCACCAGAAUGUGCACUACCCAGAGAUCCUGCUUUGGACCCAGACGUCUUAAAAUCUGGAAGUUAUAAAUACACUGAAAAGGGUAGCAGGUUAGAAUUUUCCGUGCCUAGAGGGAAAGUCAGGAAGAGUUUCGUCUUCAGUUUGGAGUUUAAAACAUUGUCACACAAUGGAAUUCUUUUCUAUGUAUCGGAUGCAACUCACAAGCAAUAUGUUGCGUUGUUCCUCGAUAAUGGUUAUGUAUACUUCACCUUUAGUAACCAUGGUAAAACCGCAAUGGUAAACUCCUCUCUUUUGUACGCUGACGAUGUCUGGCAUAAAGCAACAUUCCGAAGAGAUUACGGUUAUGGCAUACUGGACAUUGAUGGUGAGGAGACCACCGCACAUGCUACUCAAAACAUCACCCGUUUAGAUGUAGCCCAACCGUAUUACGUUGGUGGUGUGCCUGAAAAGGUCUACACGCAUGAAUCCUUCCCCUUAAAGUGGGUUGAUCAAUACAACGGCUGUAUCCGUAAUUUCAAUAUGAACGACAAGCCGAUGGAGAACCCCAACACGCAUAAGGUUAUCCCCUGUUCAGAGAGUAUGGAAGAGGGUAUAUUCUUCAGCUCAGCAGGUGGUUUCCUGCGUCUUAAAGACCGCUUCAAAGUGGGUUAUGAGUUCGACGUACGAAUGGAUCUUCGUCCGCGUGCAUCCAGCGGUCUUAUCAUGGCCGUCCAUGGAAAACGUGAUUACUUCGUGCUGGAGUUAGAUCAAGGCGCACUUAAAGUUACCGUGGACAAUGGUAAAGGACCAAUUACGGCGAAGUUCCUACCAGAUAAGUUCCAAUUCUGCGAUGGACAGUGGCAUACUAUCCAGGCGGUCAAAUCCAAGAGCGUUGUCACAGUUGCUGCAAACGGAAUUUACUCUAUUCCGGGUGUGGGUGACAGAAAGUCUGCAUCGACCGACACAAUCGGGUAUUUGUUCCUCGGCGGUCAUAGGAUUAUACAAAAGGCAAAGGGUAUCUCAGUACGAGUUCCGUAUGUUGGCUGUAUUCGUAACGUGGUGGUCAACAAUGUACCGAUUUAUCCUGUGCAGAGUAUGGCCGAAGGGGGCGUGCAAAUCGGCUCGUGCCCGACCAUUUAAUCAAUGUCUCAAUUGUGUACUUUGCUAAUGUAAUUGUAAUCUUUCACGCUUUUAUUUUCUAUUACUUUUAUGCUCGCUCUACUCCAGUCGAAAGCAAGAUGAAGAGUAGAACACUUGCAAUUUGUUUAGUUUUGUGUUUUCACGUCUGCGAGAACAAAAAGUCUUUGGAACACUUUAUUCGAAAGAAAGUUAUUGAUAAAUCAAGAAUCACCAUAUUAAAUACUGCCAAUGAAGAAAUAAAUUACACUUGGAUUGAA